CUUGUUAAUUACCGCAGAAAGCGGCCAGGGAGCUGCGCCCGGGGGUCUGCCCCAGCUGCGGCGCCAGGCUCGCGCGUCUCCCCAUCCCUCUCGCUGCCGUCCAGGUGCGCCGCCUGCCGUCUCCGCAGGAUGGACAUGAUGGACGGCUGCCAGUUCUCACCUUCUGAGUACUUUUACGACGGCUCCUGCAUCCCGUCCCCCGAGGGGGACUUCGGGGACGAGUUCGAGCCCCGGGUGGCUGCCUUCGGGGCGCACAAAGCCGAGCUGCAGGGCUCCGACGAGGACGAGCACGUGCGAGCCCCUACCGGCCACCACCAGGCUGGCCACUGCCUCAUGUGGGCCUGCAAAGCGUGCAAGAGGAAGUCCACCACCAUGGAUCGGCGGAAGGCGGCCACCAUGCGCGAGCGGAGGCGCCUGAAGAAGGUCAACCAGGCUUUCGAGACACUCAAGAGGUGCACCACGACCAACCCCAAUCAGAGGCUGCCUAAGGUGGAGAUUCUCAGGAACGCCAUCCGCUACAUCGAGAGCCUGCAGGAGCUGCUGAGGGAGCAGGUGGAGAACUACUACAGCCUGCCGGGACAGAGCUGCUCCGAGCCCACCAGCCCCACCUCCAGCUGUUCCGAUGGCAUGCCUGAAUGUAACAGUCCCAUAUGGUCCAGAAAAAGCAGUAGUUUUGACAGCGUCUACUGUCCUGAUGUACCAAAUGUAUAUGCCACAGAUAAAAGCUCCUUGUCCAGCUUGGAUUGCCUAUCCAGCAUAGUGGACCGGAUCACCUCCUCAGAGCAACCUGGGUUACCUCUCCAGGACCCGGCCUCUCUCUCCCCAGUUACCAGCACUGAUUCACAGCCUGCAACUCCAGGGGCCUCUAGUUCCAGGCUUAUCUAUCAUGUACUAUGAACUAAUUACUUAGUCCAGAUCACUUCCACCAGGAGGGCCUAUUACACAGGAAGAAGAAGGCUCUCAAAAUCCAAAACCAAAACAACCUGUAUAUAAAGAUUUCUUUUCAGUUGUAAAUUUGUAAAUGUUAUCUUGCCACUUUAUAAGAAUGUGUAUUUAACUAAAAAGUCACUAUUGCAAUUAAUACUUUCUCCUUUAUUCUUCUUUGCUUUAGAUACAUAGUUCCGAUAAUAUUAUUUCUAUAGGAAAAUCAUUGAAGGUAGUUUGUUGCAAUGCUUAACUUAUAUAUAUAUAUAUUUUUAUAAAUAUGACUCAUCAAAAUAUUAUCUGUGGUGUUUAGAUCUUUAUUAUUUUUUUCUUUAAGACAGUAAAAUAGCUGGGAAUCACUUAAAAGGAAUUUUAAAUAUAUUUAACUUUUGCUUUCUCUUUAAUCCUUUCGUUAUAUCAUAUUAAAUAAAAAUAUAACAGUACUGCUUUAUGGUAUAUAUUUUUAUUUUUUCUUAUAAGAAAUGAAUCUUUUAAAUGUAAGCACAAAAUACGACUUUGUGGAUAAUUUCAAGAUAUAAGAAAUUUUGGAAAUUCCACCAUAAAUAAAAUUGUUUACUACAA